AUGCAGAAGCGGCGCGACGAGAACAGCGUGCGGGUGAGCAACCUGAGCGAGGAUGUGACGGAGGAUGACCUGGCGGACCUGUUCGGACCCUUUGGGCCCAUCCAGCGCAUCUUUGUGGCCAAGGACCGCGAGACGGGAGAAAGCCGCGGCUUUGCCUUCAUCAACUUCAUCCACCGCGAGGACGCCCUGCGCGCCAUCUCCAAGCUGGACGGCUUCGGUUACGACAACCUCAUCCUCUCCGUCUCCAUGGCUGCCCCGCGUCCGGAGCGGCAGUAG